GGUCACUGACGCUCCGGGCCACCCAGCGAAAUGGCUGCGUUCCUGCGAGCUCGUAAAUAUGUCCGUUGUGUCGUCCGUUUCUCCGACCGUGAACUGUAAACGGUAGAGUCGACCGCCUGUGAAGAUAAAAAGAAAACCUAGUGGCCGAGGUGUCAUGGCUGAAGAAAAUGCAGAUAUUGGAGGUACGAUAGAGGAUGAAGAUGAAAGUUCAGAUGACCCAAACCUUCAGGUGGAGCUCAGUGCGUUCAGAGCUCAGUGGAUGUCUGAACUCAAACCACACUCUGGAGCAAGCGGUACGAGUGAGCGGAUGCUGCGAGCCAAAGGUCUAAAGAGGACACAAGACAUUGCUCGGGAGGAAAAGGCUACAGAGCUGUUUUUGAGAGCUGUUCAGGAGGAGCAGAAUGGAGCUUUCUACGAGGCUAUCAAAUUCUACCGCAUGGCUAUGCAGCUUGUUCCUGACAUUGAGUUUAAAAUCAACUACAGCCGUCCUCCUGAUGCAGACCGAGUUGGAGGAAACUACAUGGAGGACAGAGAUGCUGAUGGUGAGAUUGAGGAUCUACUUGCCUACUUUGAGCAGCAGCUCACUCUGGAGAGCGCCUUUCCAAAGAUCUGCAAUCAUGAGCUUGAAAUGACUCAGUUGCACAUUUCGGCCUUGCCACGGGAAAUCCUGAUGUACAUAUUUCGCUGGGUUGUGUCAAGUGAUCUGGACAUGCGAGCCCUGGAGCAGCUCUCUUUAGUUUGCCGUGGGUUUUACAUUUGUGCAAGGGAUCCUGAGAUAUGGCGUCUGGCUUGUUUAAGGGUGUGGGGACGGAACUGCACCAAGUUAGGACCGUUCAAAUCCUGGAGAGCGAUGUUUCUGCAAAGGCCGCGUGUCCGUUUUGAUGGCGUCUAUAUCAGCAAGACAUCAUACAUUCGUCAAGGAGAAGAAUCGCUGGAUGGAUUUUACAGGGCUUGGCACCAUGUCGAGUACUACAGGUAUCUCCGGUUCUUCCCUGAUGGCCACGUCAUCAUGCUGACCACCCCCGAGGAGCCUUUGUGUGUUGUUCCCCGCUUGCGUACCAGGAACACCAGGAUGGAUUCUGUUCUGCUCGGUCAUUUCCGUCUGUCACAGGAGACAGACAAUCAAACCAAAGUUUUUGCUGUUGUCUGCAAGAAAAAGGAGGAGAAAGCGACCGAGUUUCAAAGGAAUCGGUUCUGCAGGCGGAACCCAGCUCCGGAGGCUGAACACAGCUUCCACGUGGGACUGCAUCUGUCCUCUGGAGGGCGUCAGAGUUCCAAUAAGCUGGUGUGGAUCCACCACUCCUGCCACAUCACUUACAAGCUGACCGGGGAAACAGUCGUCACGGCGUUUGACCUGGACAGGAUGUACGCACCCUUCUUCUUUGCACGUGUGAAAAGUUACACUGCGUUCUCUGAGCAGCCUCUUUAAGCAGCUGUGAGACCUGCACGUAAUCCCACAAAAACCCCAGCAGUUCAGUUCAGUUGUCAUUUUAACAAAAUGCAUACGCCUCAGCCAGUUUAAUUUGUUCUGCAGCUGGAUUCUGGUGUUGCUAUAUGAGCCCUCAUGUUUCCUACACGCGAGCAUGUUACGUUUCAGGUUUAUCUAAUGGAAUACUACUUAUUUUCUGAUUUCAGAAAUUACAGUGAUGUGCUGAAAGCUAAACUGAUUAGCAACCUCUCCCACCAGAUCCAAGCAAUGAAUGUUCAUACUGUUUUUGUUUCAUGGUGCACUUUCUUCCUCAAAUAAACAGUGAUGAACAAAA